AGAGGGUCAGGAGAGGAUGGAUGUGGAACCAGUUCUUUCUACAGGAGGAGUACACGGGCAGCGAUUACCAGUACAUCGGGAAGCUGCAGUCGGACCAGGACCGAGGGGACGGGGCAGUGAAAUACGUACUCUCUGGUGAGGGGGCGGGCUCCAUCUUUGUGCUGGACGAGAACAACGGAGACCUGCAUGCCACGCGCCGCCUGGACCGCGAGGAGAAGGCCUUCUACGUACUCCGGGCCACCGUAGUCAACAAGCGCACGGGCCUCAAACUGGAGCCCGAGACAGAGUUUGUGAUUAAACUACACGACAUCAACGAUAACGAGCCCACCUUCAGCAAAGAGGUGUAUACAGGAAGUGUGCCAGAGAGGAGCGAGAUAGGCACGUCGGUGAUCCAGGUCACAGCCACAGACGCAGACGACAGCAUGUACGGUAACAGCGCCAAACUGGUGUACAGCAUCAGCCAGGGACACCCGUACUUCUCUGUGGACCCCAACACCGGGGUGAUCCGUACAGCUCUGGGGCCCGGGGACAUGGACCGCGAGCAGAGGGAGCACUACCAGGUCGUUAUCGAGGCUAAAGACAUGGCCGGACAGAGAGGAGGCCUGACCGGGAGCACUAUAGUCAAUAUUACCCUGACCGACGUAAACGACAACGCACCCAGCUUCACCCAGAGUAUCUACCAGUUCCGGGUGCCUGAGUCGUUCAAACACGGCUCUCCCGUGGGGCGAGUCCGGGCCACAGACAGAGACAUCGGGCAGAACGCUGAGAUGUUCUUCACCAUCGUGAGCGGAGACGGCAUGGACGUGUUCCACAUCUCCACCGACAAACAGAGUCAGGAGGGAGUCAUCUCAGUCAACAAGCCUCUUGACUAUGAGCGCAAACAGUCCUACACGGUGGAGAUCCAGGUGCAGAACACUCACAUAGACCCGCGCUUCUCCUCCGUCGGCUCAAACAACAUGGCCACGGUGCGCAUCAGUGUGGAGGACGUGGACGAGCCGCCCCUCUUCGACAAGCCCUGGUACGAGCUGGAGGUCAAGGAGGACGCGGGGGUCGGGUCAGCUGUGGGGGCGGUCAGCGCGGUGGACCCGGACGGAGCGCGCAGCCCGGUCAAGUAUGCCAUAGACCGGCGCACGGAUUUGGACCGCAUCUUUAACGUCCACCCAGGAAAUGGCUCCAUCUUCCUGCUGCGCCCCAUCGACCGCGAGGAGAGCGCCUGGCACAACAUCUCCGUCAUCGCCUCCGAGUUCAAUAACCCACGACAGAGCAGCACUGUCAACGUGUACAUCAAGGUCCUGGAUAUUAAUGACAACCCCCCUGUGCUGGCUACUACCUACGAGACCUACGUGUGUGAGAAAAGCAAGGCCGCACAGAGGAUCCAGACAAUCAGUGCUGUGGACCCGGAUGAGCCCUCCUCUGGACACCGCUUCUUCUUCAGCCUGGCACCAGAGGGCGCUCACCGCAGCAACUUCACUGUGAGAGACAACGGAGAUAACACGGCGGCCAUUUUGACUCGGAGGAACAGUUACAGUCGACUGCAGCAGAGCGUGUACCUGGUUGCCGUGGUGAUCACAGACGCAGACUACCCCAUGCAGAGCAGCACGGGCACGCUCACGGUGCGAGUGUGCACGUGUGAUCGUCACGGCAACAUGGAACUGUGCAACGCUGAGGCGCUAAGCAGCAGCCCGGGGCUCAGCACAGGAGCACUCAUCGCUAUCCUGCUAUGUGCUGUGAUAUUGCUCAUGAUCGUGUUCUUGUUCGCGGCGCUGAAGCGGCAGAGGAAGCAGGAGCCUCUGAUCAUCUCUAAAGAGGAUGUCCGGGACAACGUGGUGAGCUACAACGACGAGGGCGGAGGAGAGGAGGACACCCAGGCUUUCGACAUGGGUGCUCUGCGUCACCCGGACUCUGCUGCUGUCCUGGAGGAGCCCGCCAAACAGAGACGUGACAUCAUGCCCACCGAUACCCUCCUGUACCCACCCCUCCGCAGACAUGCCCCAUCCGCAAUGCUCCUCCCCCCUCUCGGCCCACGCGACAACAACGGCGAUGUGCGGGACUUUAUCAACCAAAGAGUCCUGGAGCACGACUGCAACCCCACAGCGCCCCCAUAUGACUCUCUGGCCACCUAUGCCUACGAGGGAGCAGGGUCAGUGGCAGAGUCACUCAGCUCACUCGGCUCCGCCUCCUCUGAAGCGGACCAGGACUACCAGUACCUGAGCGAGUGGGGCCCGCGCUUCCGUAAGCUAGCUGACCUGUACGGCGCGGAUGACGACUUCUGCUAACAGACAAUCACACUGGAGCUUUAACCUGAUGGACAGGUGGACUGACAGGAACAAAAGUGACAGGAGCACAGAUCCAAACAUGACGUGAGCAGAGAUUCAAAAGGGUGGUCUGGAAUUUUGUCCUUCUAAAGAUGGCCCACUCCCAGUUUGGAGAAGCACUCUGGAGCAUUGUCAAAAUAUGUGUAGAAGAGACAUAUUUGGCUGUGUUAUAAUGUUAACAUAGCUGGAGCUGUGCUUUGUUUCAUUGCUUCUGCCAGCAGAGGGCGCAAACAAUCCAAAUAUUCUGUGCUCUAAAAGCCAUGUGAUAUUUAUCUAUGUGAUUAUUAUUUAAAUUUCCAACGAAAGAGUUCGGAAGGAAGUUUUGUUCUUUUUGUAUACCUUUUAUAAAUGAUGAAACUUUGAGGUUGGAUUAAAAGUUGAAUAAACCAAAAAUCUUAAGUUUAAAAGUAUGUUAAAAAUUAUGUUAUGUUUAAGUUCAGAAAAAAAUAGGUUGGGCAAUUAAUCAAUUUGUAACUGAGAUCAAGAUUCAGUCAUGUCUAACGGCCAGUGAUCAGUGUUGGUGUUUUUAAUGGAGAGGCCUACAGCAUUCCUACAACAGAGGAAUGGCACUGAUUAAAAGUUUGUCUGGUUUAUGUUCAGGAAAUCUAUACUGUAAGGGCAUUUUAUUUUAUGUUUAAAUAAAAAUGUAAUCAAAUUGAAAACUGAGAUUGAUCAAUUUGAGGAAAAAAAUCUUCAUUCAUUGUUUUUUUGCCCUAUCGCCCAGCCUUUGAAAAAAAUCAAUUCUAUACUCUGAUGACGUCAACCUGCAUUUUUUUUUUUUUUAAAGACAAAACAUUAAUAUUCUAAAGACCCUAUAUUUUGAUAAACCUGCUUUUUGAGCUUUUAACCUUGCGAUAAUCUUGUUUUCUCAUCAAAAACAGAACAGAACUGAUUUACCCCCAUUUUUGAUCUGGCAAUUUCCCAGCUAAACUACCAGCAACGUGCAGAGAAGGUGUAUGUGUGAAUAAAGCCAGAAACCAUCGCUGUGUGGUUUCGUUGGUUACGAUCUUGGUUUCCCUGGUUACACUCAGCUAUUGUGAUCAAACGCAGAGCCAAAUGCAGGUUAUGUGCGAACAAAGUAGUGCCCCCUGCAGCCAACAAUGUUCUGGGACUGGUGCAUGUGUGAAUGGGGCUCAUUGCUGAGAGUGGAAUUUUCUACCUGGCAAUUUUCUGGGAUCUGUGUGUGAAUGGGAUUUAAAAGUAUGUUUACAAACCUGGAUGAUGCAGGAGUGAUCACUGCCUUUGUAUUUUUAUUUUAUUUUUUCAGAAAUGCCCAAAAUGACAUUGUUAUAUGUUUUGCUGUUUAAUGAUUUUAUUUUAAUAUUUUUGCCCUGGUUCUUGUCUGGCAGUUUGCUUCUCCAAACUGGGAUUGCCUUUUGGAAUGUACCUGAAAACAGUGGACUAUCCUUCGUUUACAUUUUUCAGAAUUCCUGAAGGUUUCUUACAUGAUUUUGCCCAAAAACUAACUUGACAACCAUAAUUAUUUUUGACAUUUGACGUUGAUCUCUUAAAUUUGAUUUCAUCUGGUGCUUUUUCACUCCAAACUAUAAGAAUCUCGGAUAUAAUUGAAAAAACUGGACCUGCAGAUUGGAUUUUCUGCAAAUUAAAAAUGGAGUUAUGAUUUUCCUUGCUCCUGACCUGACCUGCCGACCGGUGCAUGCGGAGCUCCGAUACACCUCAUGGAUUUUUAUUUCAAAUGUUGGAACGUUGGAACAUUUGUGACUUCUGACGAACAAGUGGACCACAAUCUUUUUGAGCAAAGUGUCCUUGCGCCUCCUUCGCUUCUCGAACAGGCCUGGCAGUACCCGGGGCUGACCAGAAGGGGGCGAUGACUCUUAUACUUCACUGCUUUUUUAAUGAUUCUUUUGCGUCUUGUACAAUUGGAGCAUUCCAGAGGAGUACCCAGAGAAGUACUUAAAAUGAGUACCCAAAGGAGUACCUGGGUGGAUUCGGACACAGAGUAUCGCUGAUCAGCUUCUGUUUAACGCUGCACACGAGUCUUGGACUGUACAUGUGUUUUGUUUUUUUAUAAGCCGUCUGUUUGUAAAAUAAAACUUGAAUU